GUGUGACUUAGUUUGGUUCUGGACUUCAGCGGUUCUGUGGACUUUGUGGUUUUCCUGGAAAACAGCUGACAUGAGUGCGCCUCCGCUGAUCCGUGCGCCCAGCCCGCUCCCGUUCUCCGGGGGUCCAAACAGCACCGGCACCGGGGACGGAGGAGGAGGAGGAGCAGGAGAUGUGAUAUCCUUCCACAUCCAGAUCGGUCUGAGCCGGGAACCGGUCCUGCUGGGCGCCGCGGAGCUCAGCCUGAGUCAGGUCCGGGAGGUGGCGUGUUCCAUCGUGGACCAAAAGUUACCAGAGUGCGGUUUUUAUGGGAUGUAUGAGAACAUCCUGUUGUUCCGUCAUGACCAGAUGUCAGAGAAUGUUCUGCAGCUGCUUCGCUCCGCCUCUCAGAUUCAAGAUGGUGACCUGGUGGAGGCGGUCCUGUCAGCUUCAGUCACAGCAGAGGAUUUCCAGAUCCGUCCUCACUGUCUGCUGGUCCAUUCGUACCGAGCUCCGGCCUUCUGUGACCACUGUGGAGAGAUGCUGUGGGGACUCGUGAGGCAAGGACUCAAAUGUGAUGGCUGUGGUCUGAACUAUCACAAGCGCUGUGCCUUUAAGAUUCCAAAUAACUGCAGCGGCCUCAGGCGGCGCCGUGGAUCCAACAUUUCCUUGACAGGGGGUCUGGUCAAUAUGGCUCGUCCCCUGUCGGCUGAACCGUCACCGCCACAUUAUGGUGAUGACGCCUUACUGUCUCCAGUCAGUCCCAAUAUGGAGAAGAAUCAGUUGGACUUCCUGCCCGGUCGAGAACGCCGAUCCAGCACCCAGUCCUACGUUGGCCGUCCCAUUGAAUUAGACAAAAUCUUAAUGUCAAAGGUGAAAGUUCCGCACACGUUCCUCAUUCACUCGUACACACGACCCACCGUGUGCCAGCACUGUAAGAAGCUGCUGAAAGGUCUGUUCCGACAGGGCGUGCAAUGUAAAGAUUGCAAGUUUAACUGUCACAAGCGAUGUGCACCCAAAGUGCCAAACAACUGCCUAGGAGAAGUUUCCAAAAAUGGUGAACUUUUGAGCCCUGGAGCCGACUCUGAUGUCACCAUGGUGGAAGGUUGCCUUGAUGACCAUAAUGAUGAGAGAGGCGGGGGUCUGAUGAGUGACAUGGAGGAAGUGCUGACAUCAGAUGAUGGUUUACUGCUGGAGGUGGGGUCUGGGGAGCUGUGUGAUCUGCAUGACCCUGACCUGGAUGAGUCAACCCGGGCCAUCAGCCCAUCGACCAGUAACAACAUUCCUCUGAUGCGUGUUGUUCAAUCUGUCAAACACACCAAGAGGAAGAGCAGCAACGUGAUGAAGGAGGGGUGGAUGGUCCACUUUACCAGCAAGGACUCACUGAGGAAGAGGCAUUAUUGGCGAUUGGACAGUAAAUGCAUCACACUGUUUCAGAAUGAUACGGGGACUAAAUAUUACAAGGAGAUACCUCUCUCAGAGAUCUUAUCCCUGGAACCAGCUCAGACCUUCUCACUGCUUCCCGAUGGAGCCAUUCCUCACUGCUUCGAGAUCACAACCGCUUCACUAGUGUACUUUGUCGGCGAAAACCUGCAGAGGGCCGACUCGUCCAUGGCCAGCAGCAUUAUCGCAGUGAGUGGGGCGGGGCAGGAUGUGGCUCGGAUGUGGGAGAUGGCCAUCCAACAUGCUUUGAUGCCGGCAGUUUCUACUGGAUUUAACCAAAGUUCUCACUGCAGCGGACACAAAGAGGUUUCCAUCAGUAUUUCCGUUUCCAACUGUCAGAUCCAAGAGAACGUGGAUAUCAACUCUGUCUAUCAAAUCUUCCCUGAUGAGGUUCUUGGCUCAGGACAGUUUGGGAUCGUUUAUGGAGGGAAACACAGGAAGUCCAGUCGAGAUGUCGCCAUCAAGAUAAUUAACAAGUUACGAUUUCCUACUAAACAAGAGAGUCAACUACGUAAUGAAGUUGCCAUCCUGCAGAGCCUGCACCAUCCGGGCGUGGUCAACCUGGAAUGCAUGUUUGAGACGCCAGAGCGAGUGUUCGUCGUCAUGGAGAAGCUCCAUGGGGACAUGCUGGAGAUGAUCCUGUCCAGCGAGAAAGGACGGCUGCCUGAGAGGAUCACGAAGUUCCUAGUCACACAGAUCCUGGUGGCUUUACGUCACCUUCACUUCAAGAACAUCGUCCACUGUGACCUCAAACCUGAAAAUGUCCUGCUGGCGUCAGCAGACUCGUUUCCGCAGGUGAAGCUGUGCGACUUUGGAUUUGCUCGGAUAAUUGGGGAGAAGUCGUUCCGGCGUUCGGUGGUGGGCACUCCAGCCUACCUCGCUCCUGAGGUCCUGAGGAACAAAGGUUACAACCGCUCACUGGACAUGUGGUCUGUGGGUGUCAUCAUCUACGUCAGCCUCAGUGGGACCUUCCCUUUUAAUGAAGAUGAAGACAUUAAUGAUCAGAUCCAGAAUGCUGCCUUCAUGUACCCUCCUCACCCCUGGAAGAAAAUCUCUCAGGAAGCCAUCGAUCUGAUAAAUAACUUGCUGCAGGUGAAGAUGAGGAAGAGGUUCAGUGUUGAUAAGACCCUCAGUCACCCGUGGUUACAGGACUAUCAGAUGUGGGUGGACCUGCGGAACCUGGAGAGCCGGAUGAACGAGCGCUACAUCACCCAUGAGAGCGACGACCUGCGGUGGCAUCACCACGCCCAGCUCAGCGGUCUCGACCAUCCCAUGCACCUCAGCAUCAGUUCACAUGGCAACGGGGGAGGGCAGGGGGCGGAGCGCUACCGUGAGCAGGAGGAGGAGCUGGAGACCCUCAGUGAGAGAGUCAGCGAACUCUGAGGAUGAGAG